ACGAGCAGUAGCAACUUUGUGGUUCCAGUGAUUUAUUAAGCUUAAUUACCUCGUAGCUCCGGUAAACAGCUACGGUUCAAAUGACAAGGAUCGUGGGUGUUUUGAAUUUCUUAUAGAAAAUUGAUGAUGGCGCAAUCAGGGUAUGAUAUUAAUAAUCUGUUUCGGGAAGCUCAAUCUCGGUGGUUGAAGCCAGCUGAAGUACUGUUUAUACUACAAAACCAUGAGAAGUAUCAGCUUCAGCAAGAGCCUCCUCGCAAGCCAACAAGUGGCUCAUUGUUUCUUUUCAACAAGAGGGUUCUUCGGUUCUUUCGUAAAGAUGGCCAUAGUUGGCGUAAGAAGAAGGAUGGAAGAACUGUCGGGGAAGCCCACGAAAGGCUUAAGGUUGGUAAUGUUGAAACCUUGAAUUGUUACUAUGCUCAUGGAGAGCAAAACCCCAGUUUUCAGAGACGUAGCUACUGGAUGCUGGACCCGGCGUACGAGCAUAUUGUUCUUGUUCAUUAUAGAGAGAUAAAUGAGGCUAAGCCCAGUUCUGCAUCCACUGUGCACUCUCCAUUAUCCAAUUCUGCUAGUACUCCAAGUCCAAUCUCAUAUACUUCUCAAAAUCCUGGAUUUAACUCUCUAUCUAGUGAUGUACAUGAAUCAUAUCAGAACUUACCUAGUCCUGGGUCUGCUGAAGUUAGCUCUGAUAUAGUCAUUAAGAACAAUGGAAUAGAUAAUACAGUAGAGUAUCCCAGUCCAGAUGAUCUUCAGGUUGUUCAAGCUUUAAAGAGGCUUGAGGAGCAGCUAAGUUUGAAUGAAGACAGCGUGAAAGAAAUGAGUCAAUUCUACGGCAUGGAUGGGGAUACAAAUGAUUCGGAGUUUCAGGAAUAUGGAAGGGAGAUCACCAAGCAGGAGCAACAGGCAGAUCUACUGUAUGAACCUGAUAAUAUCUUUCAAGAUCACCUUUAUUCCCAACCGGCUAGAGUGGAAAAUUAUUCAAAUAGUUCCAUGCUGCUUCCCGAUGGAGGUAAAAAUGGAGGACAUAGUCAAGUCUAUGGCAAUGAUAAUUCAGAUGGAAUCCAUGAAUCUCAAUAUUGGAAAAGCGUAUUUGACUCAUGCAAUACUCAAUCAGCUGUUAACUCCAAGGGAGAACCACUAUCUUCUUUGAGGAUGAGAGCCACUGAGCAACAGGAACAGUCUCAUUUGCUGAAUUUUAAUGGAUCGAGCAUUGAAGCCUCUCCCAUACUGCUGCAUCAAGAAGUCGGAAAUGUUGACAUUCCUGCAUAUUCUUCUGCAAUAGAAUCUUUUGACACCAAGUUUGAUAAUUAUAGAAUGUUUUUCAACCAAGAAGAAAUAGGAAUUCCUCUUGCGACAGAUUCAAGCUUGACUAUCGCACAGAAGCAGAAGUUCACAAUUCGAGAAAUUUCUCCAGAAUGGGGUUACUCCAGUGAGCCUACAAGGGUCAUCGUUGUUGGAUCUUUUCUCUGUGAUCCAUCAGAAUCUGUCUGGGCAUGUAUGUUUGGGGAGACUGAAGUUCCUAUUGAGAUCAUUCAGGAAGGUGUUAUUUGUUGUAAAGCUCCUCCUCACCUUCCCGGGAAGGUCGCACUCUGCAUCACUAGUGCUAAUCGUGAGUCCUGCAGUGAAAUCAGAGAGUUCGAGUAUAGAGUUAGUAGUAGUAGUAGUAGUUGCAUUCGGUAUAAUUUAUCCCACGCAGAAGCUCCUAAAAGUCUUGAAGAGCUAUUGUUACUUGUAAGAUUUGUAAAGAUGCUUCUGACUGAUUCAUCAUCACAAAAAGAUAGCAUAGAUUCUGGAGAAAAAUUUUCGGAAAAGCUUAAAGCUGAUGAUGAAUCAUGGAGUCAUGUCAUAGAGGCUCUUUUAAUUGGCAGUGGGACUUCCUCUGGUACUAUUGAUUGGCUUCUGCAAGAGCUUCUAAAAGACAAACUGCAACAAUGGUUAUCUUCUAGAUCCAAGGAAUCAGGAGAUCAGCCAGGCAUCACCAUGUCCAAGAAAGAGCAAGGAAUAAUACACAUGGCUGCUGGAUUGGGCUUUGAGUGGGCCUUAAAUCCAAUUCUAAACCAUGGAGUCAGUAUAAAUUUCCGAGACAUUAACGGAUGGACUGCUCUUCACUGGGCUGCAAGAUUCGGAAGCAGAGAAAAAAUGGUUGCUGCACUUAUAGCCUCUGGUGCUUCAGCUUGGGCAGUGACAGAUCCAACCUCACAAGAUCCUAGUGGUGAGACCCCAGCAUCUAUUGCUGACUCAAGUGGUCAUAAGGGACUCGCUGGUUAUCUUUCAGAGGUAGCUCUUAUGAGCCACCUUUCAUCCCUUACACUGGAAGAAAGUGAGCUUUCCAAAGGCUCGGCUGCAGUUCAGGCUGAAAUUGCUGUUAAUAGUGUCUCACAGGGGAGCCUUGCCACCAAUGAGGAUCAACUUUCACUUAAAGAUACAUUGGCUGCUGUCAGGAAUGCAGCUCAGGCCGCUGCACGUAUACAAAAUGCUUUCCGUGCACAUUCUUUCAGGAAGCGACAACAGAAAGAAGAUGCUGUUAUUGCAGCUAGCGUAGAUGAGUAUGGUAUCAGUUUGGGUGAAAUCCAAAAUCUUUCUACCAUGUCAAAGCUAGCUUUUGGAAAUGCCCGUGAUUACAACUCUGCGGCUUUAUCUAUUCAGAAGAAAUUUCGAGGCUGGAAAGGUCGGAAAGACUUUCUGGCACUUCGCCAGAAAGUUGUGAAGAUACAGGCCCAUGUGAGAGGUUACCAGGUGAGGAAAAACUACAAGGUUAUCUGUUGGGCUGUUGGUGUUCUAGACAAGGUUGUACUUCGAUGGCGCCGGAAAGGUGUAGGCUUGCGAGGUUUUCGCAGUGAGUCAGAUUGCAUUGAUGAUGAAGAAGAGGACAUUCUCAAAGUGUUCCGCAAACAGAAAGUGGAUGUAGCAAUCGAUGAGGCAGUCUCACGUGUGUUGUCUAUGGUUGAUUCUCCAGAUGCACGUCAACAAUAUCGCCGGAUGCUUGAAAAGUAUCGCCAAGCUAAGGCUAAACUUGUUAAUACAAAUGAACCAACAACAUCAACUUCUAUAUCUGAUGGUUAUGAUAUGGAAAGCGACGAUCUUUCCUAUUUCCCAUAGUAUCCCCCCCCCUCACCCUCUUUAAACCUAAUUUCAUAGUUUCCUGAAUUUGUUGUAUAAAUAGCCAGCAUCUUGACAUAGUUUGUAACUUUGAUUUGCCCAUUUACCCUGUAGUUGUGCUGUAUGUGCUUCUUGUAAUUAGUAACAUCUGUAAUUUGAUUUCUUAUGGGGUUGAUUUAUCUUUUAGGACC